GAGGGCGAUAUGGACUCACGCUCGCCGGGCGCCUCUGGGGUCCCGCCUGGCGCGCUCUUCCCCGGCCGCGACUUCAGCACCAACACCGCAUCCCUCAUCAACGACUUCCUCGAUGACCCCACCUUCAUCCAAGGCCUCAGCGAGACGGAGCUCGGCGGUCCGCUCGCUCCCGCCGCGCCAAUCGCACCGGAUCCCGUGCCGCCGGGUCCCGGCGCGCUGGCGCUGGCGCCGGGCAACGGCUUGGUCGUCGCGGAGCCCAUGCCGGCGGGCUCGUGGCGGCUGGUGGUGAUGGACCACAAGGUGCACUGCGACGCGGUGCACUGCCAGGGCCCGCAGCAGCUUCAGAAGCGCAGAAAGUGCGAGGUCGCGACGGUGAGCAACCUGCGGCAGUUCAACAUCUCGGUGGAGCUGCAGGACGCGAACGGCGCCGUCGUCCGCGAUCACGAGGCGGUCAAGCUCAGCGCGGCCGUCGUGUACGAGAACGGCGACGCCAUCUCGCUGCGGCAGAAUGAGCAGCCCUUUGAGGAGUCGUGCCAAGUGGAGGCGCGCCCUCCUCGUCCGCGGCGAGGUCUCCUUCACCUUGCGGCUGGGGACGCAGGCGCACCGCCGCCGCCGCCGCCGCCUCGGGUCCUCACGGACAAGCACCAGAAGCGGCUCUUCCGCAUCCAGAUUAGCGCGCCGGAGCAGCCCGCGCUGUGGGUGCAAACCAUCCCGAUGCGGUCCGUCGUCAAGCUGCCCUGCAUGCGCAGGGACCGCAAGGCUGGGGACGGCCCCGACGGCGGCAUCUUUUUCAAUCCCCCUGUGGACCCGGUCUGCCCCGUGACGCCGCCGACGCCGUCGGCCCUGGCCGCCCUGAAGGAGGAGCUCAAGGAGGAGCUCAAGGCGGAGCUCAAGGCGGAGCUGAAGGAGGAGCUGCGCGAGGAGCUGCUCGCCGAGCUCAAGGCCGAGAUCGCGACGCAGAUGGGCGCGCAGGCAGUCGCGGCCGCGGCGGCGCGGCAGGCGGCGCCGGCGGCGGCGCCUCUCGCCCCCUUCAAGGUGAUGUCGGCAAAGAUGGAGGAACUCGGCCUCGACGACGGCCUGCCUCCCGCUGGCCGCAGCCUCCCGCUGGACCGGCAGCUUCCCCCGUCGAGGCACGCGUCGGACAGGCUCCCGGCGCAGGACGCACAGCGGCGGUGCGUCGUGGCGCCCGCCGCCGUCAACGCCGCCGCCGCCGCCGCGGUCGCCGCCGCCAACGCCGCCGCGAAUGAGUGCCCUCGCCCGCCGUGAGGAUGAGGCUGCAUGUUCGCUGUCCCAGCGUUGCAUGUUUUGGAUGUAUCCCUAGGGAGGAACGGCAUGAGCGUGGUCCGGGGAGGUGUGAUCGGCCCUCACUCUAGGCUGAGGGCACGGAUCCGCGCGCGAACCGAUGCUUAUUGUUCGCGCCCCGGCCUCGAUCGGAGACGGUGUACCCUGUGAUGAGUCUCCCCCCCUCUCUCCAUCGCGCGGGCGCUGAUAUGUCGAACUGCGAGAUGUGGGGACAAAAAAAA